AAUUUACCCUGCAUCGUCCUCUUUCUCCUUGCUCUCUCUCUCUCUCUCUUUCUUGGCUGCCCUGCCCUCUCUUCAAGAAACCUCAGUAUCGAACCCGUCCUCCUCUCCUUUCCUAAAGGAAACACAUUUCAUUUGCCCAUCUCUUCGAUUGUUGACGCAGUAUGGGAGACAGCCAAUACUCUUUUUCGCUCACUACUUUUAGUCCAUCUGGAAAGCUCGUUCAGAUUGAACAUGCCCUAACAGCCGUCGGAUCUGGUCAAACAUCUUUGGGAAUCAAAGCUGCCAAUGGCGUUGUUAUUGCUACAGAGAAAAAACUAUCAUCUAUAUUGGUUGAUGAAACCUCCGUUCAAAAGAUUCAGAUAUUGACCCCUAAUAUUGGAGUUGUUUACAGUGGUAUGGGACCUGAUUUUCGAGUUUUGGUUCGAAAAAGUAGGAAGCAGGCUGAGCAGUAUCAUCGAUUGUACAAAGAACCGAUCCCUGUUACACAGCUUGUCAGGGAAACAGCUGCUGUUAUGCAAGAGUUCACUCAAUCAGGUGGUGUCAGGCCCUUUGGAGUCUCACUGUUGGUUGCCGGCUUUGAUGACAAAGGUCCACAACUAUAUCAGGUGGACCCCUCCGGUUCAUAUUUCUCCUGGAAAGCUUCAGCAAUGGGGAAGAAUGUUUCCAAUGCAAAGACAUUCCUUGAAAAGAGGUAUACAGAGGACAUGGAGCUUGAUGAUGCUGUUCACACAGCCAUUUUGACACUGAAGGAAGGGUUUGAAGGACAAAUUUCUGGGAAAAAUAUAGAGAUUGGUAUUAUUGGUGCUGACAAAAAAUUCAGGGUACUAACAUCAGCUGAAAUUGACGAUUACUUGGCCGAAGUUGAAUAGAUUGUUUAUGUUUUUAGCAUCCGUUUCGUGCAGCGGCACAAAAUCCUAAUCCUAAAUCUCUUUGGCUCUAUGUUCGACCCCACUGUUUAUGAAAGCCCUGAGGCUAACAUUGAAGAAAGAAAAAAAGAAACGGAAUGAUACUAUUAUGUACUUGUAUAACACAGAUUGAUGGUUGAGGUUAUUGAGCUUGUUUGCAUUGACGUUAAUGCUACCUCAAGAUAAUCAUGUUUAGAUUAUCUUUAAUGACAGUAAUUUUUGACAGUCAGGGUGGUUUAAAUGCAUCGCCUAAAAGCCAUUUGUUGUUUUA